CUUUGGGGUCUCUACGGGGUCUAUAGGAGCUCAGGGAGCCCGGCUGGAGCACACAGGGCCCAUAGGGCACAAUGCACAGAUCCCAUGGGGGUGGGGCACAUUUUGGGGUCUCAGGGGUCCCUGUGGGCUCUGAGCAGCCCCUAUGGAUGCCAUACCUCCCCGUCCCCGUCCCCGCAGGUGCUGUGCGUGCUGGCCCUGGUGUGCUUCGGCGCGUCGCGCUCGGGCUACGCGGGGCUGGCGGCGCUGGAGCUGCUCUUCGCCGCGCUGGUGCUGCUGGCCUGGAGCUGCCGCCUGCCGCCACGGCUGGCCCCGCUGGCCUGGGGCUGGAGCGACUUCAUGCGCUGCCUGAUCGGGGCUCUGCUCUUCCUCAUCACCUCCCUCAUCGUCAUCAUCGACCACCGCGACGGCGCCGGCAUCGCGGGAGGGGUGUUCGGGAUCCUGGCCGGGGUCCUCCUGGGCUACGACGCCUACAUCACCCUCCCCACGCGGCAGGGCCACAGCGCCGCCAGCACUGAAGCGCCGGGCGGUGUCUGAACAACCCAAGAACCCCACCGGAGACCUCCCCCCGCACAGGGGGACCCCAGCCUUAAAUUAUUGAGGGGUCCCGACGCCGUGGUCCCCCCGGGGGGGUCUGGGGCCCCACAGGAGCUGUCCCCCCUCAAACGCCUUCGCAAGUGCCUUGAAUCGCCCGUGCCUCAGUUUCCCCGCGGGGAGACCCCCUCAGGUUUAAAGGCGCCCUUGCCCCUCAUACGGGUUUUGGGGUGCCCGCCUCAGUUUUUGGGGUGUUUUCCCCGCCUCCCCCCCGUCCCUCAGCCUGCGGGAGGCUUUUGGGGGCAAUCUAUUGGGAAAUAAACGGUUUUUAUUAUUGCAA